AUGGACCGGGAGACAACAAGCCGCGAUCUCGAGCGCUGCCAGUCCGUGGUCGACGCUGAGCGCGUGCGGACCAUCGCGCGUGCCAGCACCAUCAUGUCGCGAUUUCUCGUGUGCACUGUGCUUUUUGUGCUUCUAGCACCCAGCCGUUCAGAACACACUAACGGAGUUUGCAAACUAUCCUUUUGCAAAUGCGUUCCAGAUGCUCACCCCUCCUGGACUAUUGUUAAUUGCACAGUUCCAACAACCCAGAAACUGGACGUUUUGGAAGGUGAUCUGCCAGAUUCAACAACCGAGCUAAUUAUAACCGGAGCCGAAGCUGUCAUGUUCGGCAUGAACUCCCUGUCAAGACUCAAGGACGCCCGCCAAAUACAUGUAACUGGGCCGAAACUUCUAGUCAUGAGGAAGUUCGCAGCAGUCAAUAUCAACGUAGUCAACAUGUAUCUUGAUAUAGACAAUGUUGAUCUAGUUCGCAUCGAAGAGAGGACUUUCAGCAACAUUGAAGGUCCACUUUCGGUGACGAUCAAAAAUUGCGAUUUCGUUUCACUCGAAGGAGAGGCAUUCUCCUGGCUUCUCACGAUGAACAUCAUAGAUGUUCGAAAGCUUGACUUGGGACCAGGAGCGUUUAUGUUAGAUAACACAGCAGCCAAUGUCGGCGAGCAUGGUCCUGGCAUGUCGAUUGAGUUAAAAAAUCUCACGGUCCCAGAAUUUCCUACUCAAACAUUUGGGUCGUCCGCUGCUAGAAUUACUAUGGAAUCGAUAGAGGUGCACGGCAUACGCACCGGUGCAUUUUCAGCGAACACAUACAAUAUUGUGAUGGCAGUCAACUGCUCUUUCCAUCUGAUUGAAGAAGAAGCAUUUACUCAAAAGUCCCUUAUCAAUCAUUUGCACUUCAUCGGUUGUCGAAUUCAACAGUUGGCGUCCAAGGCUUUGCUUUCCGCAGUAGGAAACCUCAACAUAUCGGACUCACGGCUCGAUAAUAUCAACACCGGUGCUAUCAACACCACAGUAGCAUCUGUGAUCAUCCUCAACACCGAAUUCCAUAAAUUUAUGGAGAGAGGAUUCGAGUUGUCUUCCUGGAACAAAUUACGAAUGGAGAAAAACUCAUUCGACGAACUGGUACCUAAUGCGAUUGCCGCUCCGGAUGCAGCUAUACACGAACUAACUUUUGUGGACAACGAAAUUGAAACGAUACAUCCGAAUAGUUUAGGAUUUAUAGGUCAAGCAGAAGCUCAUUCUGCUAACAGCAUUAAAUACAAAAAUAAUUACUAUGGUGAACGAUGCCACUGCAACAUUAGUCAAGUACUAAAACGAUCCCUUAACGUGGUAUCAAUAGAACCAUACGAAUUUGAGAGUUACUGUACUGUCGAUGAAUUCUUCGCGCGUUGCUUUAACGAACCUGAACAGAACAUGUUAUUCAAAAAAUUUCUCGAUGGCGUAUGCACUGAAAAACCAACGGUUCAAUGUGAAACCUUUAAAACCAAAUCAGAAGGAGAGCUAGUAGAGAUAAAGAACCCACGCUUUCCUCAUAAAAAUACCCAAGAAGAAAGCGGUAUAAGCGAGAGAGACAAAAAAAUUAUUGGCAUAGUUAUUGUCACAUGUCUCAUAUGCGUCAUAAUUGCAAUGUUCGUGAGUUUCAUUAAAUGUCUACGACGACGUGGUAAUUGUGUCAACAUCAAAUCAUUUCUAUCGACAAACUCAAGUUGCGGUGCGUUUUGCUCAAGGAUUUGCCUCUGUAAUGGAAGUGCGGGGCUUGAUAAUGCGCGUUCUAUUUCUCAAUUAUCAGUAAACGAAUACUCGGAAAGACAUCGAUUGAAUGAACCUCGUACUCCACAGGAAAUCAUUCAAGAAUCAAACCUACAGGACGAAGCAACUGUUCCAGUUAUUGAUAAAACAACCCAAACAUUACCCGAGGAAUUAACUAGGGAAUUAUUAGAAAAUUUGAAAGAAAAAUUAGAUAAUCCAGAUAACUACACUGAGGCUCGAGAAAUGAUAGAACACUUGUACGAGAUGACCAAGCUACAAGAAAACGGUGGAAGGAAUAACACUCCGACGUUGAUUGAUGUAGAGGAAAAUAUCUAUGAACUUCCAUUCCAGAACACGGCCCCACGUUUAGGGAAAAACAAUAAGACAAUGGUCAGCGUGGGCACACGAACUCCAUCUUUAGAUAAACUUUCGCCACUUUCACCAUACAACAGAGAAACCGCUUUGGCCCACGAGUAUUUUGAACCUCAAGAUAUGGCAGUACACUUGUACGCGGAAAUAACAAACCCCGAACGAGAAAAACGAGGAUUGCUUGGUGCCAUGCCGGAUGUAAUUGGAGAACAAGCGAUGCCGCGUGGACCAUAUUUACGGGCUGUCAUGAAUACUAGCGGUGUUUCAAGCCCUUCGGCAAAAUCUCUCAGCAGCUCCACUGGCAGCCCACCUUCUUCCUCGACUGCACGCUCUCAUGAAUCAACAACAUCUUCGGGAUCAUCUCGUAAAAUGAUCAACCGACCAUUGCCUGCCAAACCUCAUAAUGUUGACUCUGUAGAGACGUCUACUAUAAAGCAAGGUUGAGUGCUAGCCCCGUGGCCGCAGGUAACGGUCCACGUUGGCAGAAAUGAAGCUCGAUUUGCGAACCGUUCCCAGAGUCCCCUGCGGCCACCGGCUAUGAAUACUGGUAACUUUUACCUGGACUUGGAUCCUUGUGUAACCGGAUGACAUCACCGUUCUCACAUCAAGCUGAUGAGACAACGGCUACGCAUGUUUAUGCUUAAAAUUUUAUUUGCUGUGAUAUUAUUUUUGAUGACUAUACUUUAUUUUUAUUAUAUGUAGAGCGAUUGUGUUGAAAUGGGGUUAUUACACUGAGUUGUAAAUAAUUAUUUUGUAAUUAAUUUUAAAGUUUAGCUGAGACUACUGAUUGUGUCAUCUCAAGCGAUAACAAGAGGCAUUUGUGUUAUUUGAAUAAGAUCACGGUUCAUAGAAUAUUGACCGUAGAGCAUAUUUAUAUUUUAUUUAUAUUUUUAUUGUAUUACGUAUACAAUCACUUAGUAAGCUGUAUUUGAAAACCGUGUCACCAUGUUGUGGAGUAUUUUUUAAAGUACCAUUUCGAUUAUAAUUAUAAUCAGUCCAUUUCAGAAUAACUAAAUCAUAUUUGUUUUGAAAAUCAUAAAUUUUCCACUAGAUAAAGAGUUAGUAGGCAAUGUGUGUUAUAAACAUCAUUUCUCAAAUGCCAUUCAUAAAUAUUAAUUUGAAAAUCAUGAUAAAUUGAGAAUCAUGACAACCAGGCGAUCUAACGGACGAAAUGUGUAGGCCAUAAUACAUUGAAGCAAAUUAAAAAACACGAAAAAAAAGGUGUUAGAAUAAGAUUUUAGAGUUAAAAUUUUACCCAAUUAUUGUUCAGGCUCUAAUUACAUAUUUUCGUCCCAAAGGUUAGUGAUUUAAUUUUGAGUCUCAUUUAUUUUAUUGUAGAUAAAUAUUUGCCCAAAAUCGUAUAUUUCUAGAUGUCUUUUCUAGUUUUUAAUGAAGGUGUUCCCUAAAGCAUAUAGAGUUCUGCUUUAAAAUAUCCAAAUUACCUAAUCCUAUUGAUAGUAAUUGUUACCUAUUUAAAAUUAGCAUUUAAGAUUACCAUUGUCGUUUUAAAUUUAGUAUUUUCGUCUAUGUAGUUUAUAAUAACCUUGCAUUCAAUAUAAUGUGUAAUGUAAAAAGGAUUAGAUUCAAUAUUUGUCUUUUCACAUUGUAGUUAUUCACAUAUGUUAUAAGAUAGUUGGUGUAAUAAAAAUCCAGUAUCAUAAACUGAUAAUUAUGUUUCAGAAGUGUAUAUAAGAUAUUAGAGCAUUUGAUUUCUAAACAUCAAAAUUAAACAAUGCGACAAUUGGUCGAUAGUCGAUAGUCUAUAUAAUUGUUAAUUACGUGUUAGUAUUAUAUGCAUUAGAUAUUAGCAAAAUCUUAACUUUUCAAAAUCAAUUUGAUCUUAAGCGAAGGCUUCGUCGGUAUAAAAUAAAAUUCAUAUAUGUAUAUUGGAUAUUGGUGUAUUUUAACGUUCUUUGCAUUAAGUGUAAUUUGCAAAAACUUCAUGUAACAUCACAUUAAAACCUACUGAUUAAUGUUCGUACUAUAUACUAAAUACUAAUGUAUAUUUAACGUGCUAAGCGCUGUCAUAUGGAAAUUCAACAUAAUAAAUUUAAAGAAAGUAACAAUGUCACUGUUACUUUAUUCACAAAGAAUCGUACAUUCGAUGUAGCAUAAUUUACUCUUAAAUUUACGUAAACAUAUGAGAACUUUAAACUCUAUGGCAAAUUCGUAAUGUUAUAUAAACUUAAAGCUAUAUAUUAUACUCGUAUGUAUUAAAUAAAAGUAAUUUAACUUCAAAACGUCAUAUACUUCUAUUGUAUGACAAGUUUAUUCCAUUGAUGUUGAAUUUUAAAUUAAUAAAUGUUGGAUGU